AUGGAGCUGAGCAUGGAGAGAGACAUACCUGCUGUAAUUCCACGGGCGGGCCCAGCGAGCAACAAUUUCACUGCCCAGAACCCAGCUCCGGCCAUCACCAACAGCUUUCCUCACGAGUCUGCAAAUACGCAACAUUUCUCACUUUCUGGUCAAGCCUUUGCAGCAGCUCCAACUUCGAAGGAAAGCACAGAAGACCAGUUAUCUUUCAGCUACAUCAAUGCGGAAGUUCAUUACACUCUUCUUCUCAUCAUCAUGGUGUCAAGCGUCGCCAUAAACGGACUUGUAUUUGUCCUGUUCUAUCAGCGCCCAUCAAUUCGCAUGACAUCCAACAAGUUUGUCCUCAACAUGGCCAUCGUGCACCUCCUGCAGACGUUCAUCGUGCUUCCAUUUGUAUUCGUGUCCGUCAUGUUUCAAGAAUGGAUAUUCGGCGACAUUUUUUGCAAGAUACACGGCACAGUGUCGAUGUGCCUCACCAUGGCCAAUGUGUUCUCCAUUCUACUCAUAGCCGUUGACCGGAACUGCGCCGUCAAUAGCCCGCUUCACUACUCAAUGACCAUCACAAAGAAGAGGACGAGCGUUUUAAUCGUGUCGACGUGGGUGUGUGCGUUAGUCGUCUCAGUGCCGCCGCUGGUGGGUGUAUCAGGCUUGCAGUACCAGAAAAGAUGGGCGAUGUGCUCUGUUACCUGGUACGACACCGGUCAACUUACCUUAGCGUACGCUUGCGUCCUCAGUGUUCUGGGCUUCCUGCUGCCAUUCAUUCGAAUCACGUGGAUCUACGCAUCCAUGCUUCAAGCAGCUCGGCGUAACAGUGCGUGCACCCGCAUUCGCAACGUCAAGAGCGGAAGCAACGAGAUAAGCCCGCCCUCGUCUGCAGGACCGGACGGCAGGAGUCACCUGCCUGUUCACCUUCCCCGGAAGUCGGCGUGGUCUAAACGAACGUCUUCACAUAGCCAAGCGUCUUCGUUGUUCGGUGACAAAUUGAAGGCUGUUCGCACAGGCGUUUUCGUGGUAGUGUCCUUCACAGCCUGCUUCCUUCCGUUCUUCGCCAUGACUCUUGUGGAAACACAACAUGCGCACACUUUAAAAACGCCUUUGCGCAAUCUUCCAGCCAUUGCCAUGCUGCUUCUGUUCUCCUCGUCACUCAUUAAUCCGUACCUGUACGUCAUCAGGAACAAAGCGACUCGCAAGCAUGUUCGUAAGAUGUUCGCCUGCCUGAAGCGCAAGCCUAGUUUUUUCUCGCCACUAGGUUAUCACUACAGCCACCAGAGCCCGCUCCGGGAGCGAAAGUGCUCAGGAGGCACGAGGGCGCCAGAAAGUACUGCCUCAUUGCGCUCAUGCGAAAGCGAAGAGUACCAGAGGUCCUUGAUGAGGCAUUCUCUUUACCGAAAUAAGUCAGGCGAAUGGAAGAUUGUAGCCGUCACAAUUGACCCGAAUCUCACGCCAUCCAGGCGGUCCUCUGUAGUAGUGCACCACCCACUCUGCGUUGAUGAGAUGGAAGAACAGCCACAGCAGCUGUUCCAGCAGGAGAACUCGCACCUUCGCAAUACACACAGGCCUGUGCACCACCGCAUGGCUGUUAGGAACAGCUUCUACCGACGAGCGUCUCUGGACAACCCAGAAGUCCCGUCCGAGCGAUUUUCAAGAAAUUGUCAGAGGUACGUUAAGCCCACCUCCACGAAUGCCACCAUUCGCUCAACAGGGGAUCGCAGCAAGUCCUUCCGUAUUCGGGGUCGUUACGCCAAUAGGAAUGAACCUACAGCAGCAUGCGACAGGUCGUGCAACAGCAGCAUCAACCAUGAAGAGUGGUGCCGUUAUUUUAUCGAUUCUUGCCAGCCUCACCAUGGAAGUAGCACUAGAUAUGAGUCACGGAGCAGCGCUUCUGUCCUCGCUGGUAGUGCUGAAACUAACCAGGUGGCGCCGCACUCUCCCACCAGCAUGGCCCAUGUACAGCGAUGCGGCAGCGUGCCCUCCGAGUAUAACUCAUAUGCAACUACUGGACACCCAUGUCGGCCGGCGCUGAAGCGAGGUCGGUCAUUUGCCUUCGAAGAGCGCGAGAUGAGUGUGGUCACUCCUUCACAGGCAAUUUCUCAGUUCGGCGGCCUCAGGAAGUCCCAGUUUGCCAUGGCGAAGAGAUCCCGAAAACAAUCUUCCAGCGACACGAAUACCACCACGCUGGAAUCCCUGACGUCGACGGAGUCGCAAGAACUUUCCAUGCUUGGGUCACCACGCUCUUUGUCGCCCACUUCGAGCAUGCCUCACCGUUACCCUCCGCCGCAUGCAUGCCAGCACCACCAGCAGCACCGCUACAGGGUACAUGGUUACAGUUCAAUGCCUCUACAGGCCACAAUUCUUUCUCAGCAACAGCAGCAACACAUCGAGUUGUCCCGAGAGUGUCACGAUCGAAGAGACUCUGGCUUUGAAGACACCAUGCUUGAAAGGUGUGAUCUGUGCGAUACGGUUGUGAACGAAAGUGACUCUAUCAAGACGAUGAAGUUGAUAGAACAUUUGUAA